GUCUUUGAUACCGUCUUCCUCAGGGGGACAAAAACGAUAUCGCGGGUAAGCAUAAGUGAGACAAGACAAGAGGGCAACGCGACUCGAUCGAUCAAUGUCGUAUGGAGGCCAGGGCAGGACUUGACGCAAAGUGCAGGCGGGGCGGCAGCCAGGCUGCUGUGCCAUGCCAGGCUCUCUGCCCAGGCUCGGUCACUGCUCCAGGCCGUGUCGCCAUGGCUGUCCUGCCCAAACGGGCAAAGUUAGGUGCCAGCGAGCGGACGGACGGCGCCUGGACGGAAACGGUGGGGGCUCCUAAACGGGCGCAGCGUCGUGGCUUCCGUUUUGCCGUUGAUUUUCAGUGCAAGGUUUAG